AACUAAAUCAAGAAGAAGAAAAAAGAAACAAUAUUGUUUAUUUAAGAGUUGCUUAAGAUUAGAUGACUCUACGCCAACAACUACAACAACAACAACCUGCUGUGAGACAUUUGAUGUGGUAAACACGGGGCACUAGCAAACAGCAGCAUAGAAAUUAGAACUAGUAGCCACCCCUUUUCAAAAAACACAUCCUCCAACACCAUCAGCUCCACCACCCAUCUCCAGCAGGAGGAAUUGUUGUCGGCAAGCACAAGGAGGAGGAGGAACCUUUUGACAACGGCCACGCGCAGAGAGCAGCAUCAAAAUUAAGCCAAUAGCCGGACCAAAAUCUAGAAAACGCAGCGUCGCGUCGCAUUUGACGACGCGUAACGGACAUUUCUGUAUGCGCUGCGUUUCAAAAAUCUGAUGGAUGGAAAUGCACAAAAUAUGUUUCACGGAAAUCAUCAAGGAGAUCCCUAUUAUCGUUAUGAUGCGGCUGCCGCAGCUGCAGCCGCCGCAGCGGCAAAUCCCAGGGCAAUGGGACCACCCGGUGGCUAUCCGCCGCGCCAUCGGGCGCCGCAUCCGUUACAGCAACAACCACAAUAUCCAUCGUACCAGCCAACGGCGGAGAACCUGUAUGGGUUGGGAGCCGCCGAUCAGCAUGCGGCCAGCAUGGGUGUCGGCUUAGGUGUUGGCAUGGGCGAUCUAAGCGGUUGGGGAGCAGCACCCACCGUGCCGGGUCAAGCAUCCGCCUAUCCAGGUGCUGGUCUCUCUGCUUAUGGUCAUCCACAGGCCGCUCCACCGGGUCAGCAGCAGCGACAAAGUCAAGCCAGUGCCUAUCGUCAGCAUAUGCCCGCCUAUGGACAACAGGAGCAACAGAAAUUGGCACCGUAUGGGGCACAGCAGAGUAUGAUGGCGGGCUAUGGUGGUUUGGCGCCGCAACAGCAGCAGCAGCAACAACAACAGCAACAACCACCCACAACCCAGCAACAGCAGCAGCAACAACAACAACAGCAACAACAGCAGCAGCAACAGAGUCAGCAGCAGGCUCGAUUGCCGCAGCAUUAUCCUCAAGCGCCUGGUCAGCAUCCAUUAUAUCCAGGAGCACCCACACAGCCUGGCCAACCGGCUGCACCACAGGCCUAUGCCCAUAGUCCCUAUGGCAGUCCAAUGCAACAUCAACCCGGCCGUGGAGCACCUCAACAUGUUGGAUAUGGCCAUGCGGCCUUGGAUCAGGCCUCUGCAUAUAGUCAGCAUGUACCUAGUGCAGCACCACCCACGCAUCACUUAACUGCGCAGCAGCAGCAGGCUGCGCAGCAUCAGCAACAACUACAAACCCAGCAACAACAACAACAACAGCAGCAGCAACAACAACAACAGCCCAAUCAUGUGGCUCUCAUGCAGCAACAGCAACAACAACAGCAGCAGCAACAGCAACUGCCUGGAGCUGGCCUGCCGCCACCGCAUAUGGGCAUGCCGCCCAGCUAUGGCAGUCACCAUCAGCAGCAACAGCAGCAGGCCCAACAACAGCAGCAGGCUGUUGUAGCCCCACCCUACAUGUCAUCGAGCAAACAUCAACAGGCCGCAGCGGCAGCAGCAGCAGCUGCGGCUGCAGCACAACUCAAUUCCUCACCACAGUAUAGGGCACCAUUCCCCCAGCUUUCGCCACAAAUGUCACCACGGCCACCAACAAUGUCGCCUCAUCCACAAAUGUCGCCGAGGCCGGUGGGAGUGUCACCUGCCAAACCGCCGCCAACACAGGCUAGCCAAGCUCAGCAACAGCAGCAGCAACAAGUGAACACCCAACCCACCCAGCACAGUAUACAGGGAAUGGUGGGUUUGCCAUCACCGCGACCACAACCACCCACAAGCGUGUCUAGUGGUGGUGUUGUUGGUGGCGUCGUUGGGGGUGGCGGUGGUGGGGCAGCGUCCAAGGUGCAAGUACCUGUCGUGCCGCCACCAAGCAGUGUUGUUCCCACAGCUGUUAAUACUCUGCAAGCUCUCGAACAAAUGGUAAUGCCCAGUCAGGCCCAUGGUUUGCCACCGAUGGAUUAUCCUUCGGCCUAUCGUAGUGUGGGCCCACGAAUGCCAGCCGUUUCUCCAUCACCCCAGCAGCAGCAACAACAGCAGCAGCAACAUCAUCAGCAAUGGGGUCAACCGCAGCAUAUGGCGGCCAUGCAACAACAACAACAGCCAGCUCCUGCUCAGCAGCAACAACAACAGGCAGCCUUGAUGCAACAACAUCAUCAACAACAACAGCAGCAGCAACAACAACAACAGCAACAAUUGAUGUAUGGCCAGACAAUGGGACAACAACAACAGCAGCCAGUGGUGCCACCUGUUGUUGUGCCACAGCAGCCACAACCGCCGCCGCCAGUAGUGCAACAAACGCCACAGCAGCAGCAGCAGGCACAACAGCAGCAGCAGCAACAUCAACAACAACAAUCAAUUAAUGAUCAACUGCAGCAUUCCAUAAAUGAUAUUGUAGGAGGAGGCAACAACAAUAAUAGCAAUAACAGUCAGCAGCAGCAACAACAACAACCUCAAUCAAUGUCAGCCAUGUCUUCGUCUCCUUUGCAUCAACAGAGUUUGCCUGGCAUGCAUCAUUUGAUGCAGCAACCUACUCUAGAAGCGACAACAACACCACAACAACAGCAGCAGCAACAACAACAACAACAACAAUCGCAGCCAACAUUGUCAUCGCCGCAUCACCAAUUACAACAUCAAUCGCCUAUACAUCAACAACAACAAUCGCCGCAUCAUCAACAGCAACAACAGCAACAUUUGCCAACCUAUAAUCAAUCACAAGCUCAGACUCAUCAGCAACAAUUUGAUCCAUUUGCAAAUAUAUUAAAUGAUAGUCAAGCAUCACCAGCCCAGCAAGUUAGUUCACCUGUACCGCCGCCGCCGCAGCAGCAGCAACCCCCGCAGAUCCAACAGCAGCAACAACAACAGGCGCCACCGCAGCAACAGCAACAACAACAGCCACAACAACAACCUCAACAGCAGCAAGUUGCACCAACAACACCUUCCCAUCAUUUGAGUAGCAUCCUCAAUGAAACGGCAAAUUCCAAUGAUUCAUCCACAUUGGCUGUAGCUGCCAAUGAUAGUAAUAACAGUAGCAGCAAUAGCAGCACGAAUAGCAUUGUCAAUAAUCAACCAACCUCAGUGCAUGACAGCAAUUCACAAAGUAGCAUCAAUAGCAACAAUCAACAGCAAUUGCUAAUGGAUAACACAUCGCAUGGUGCCAAUUCCGAGUCGGGACAGCAUGUGGGCAGUGUCAUUGGUGUCGGUGGUGUUGUUACUGGCGGCACUGGAAACAGCAAUGAUGUGGGUGCUAUGUUUGAUAAUAAUUCCAUGUCUUCGACAAGUGCCGCAGUAGCGGCUGUUGCCUCCAAUGCUGCCUCAGCAGCAGCAGCCCUCUUGGAUAGUAAUUCACAAUCAUCAAAUACGGAAUUUGAAAAGAAUGCUGCAUCUAGUGCUGCCGGUGGUGAGCUUGAGUCCACCAACACCCCAUCCUUGGCCGAUGCGGUCUUGGGGGCAGUGGCCGAAGCGUCGGUCACUACAGUGCAACCAGAAAAAGAAUUGCCCGAAGAUGAUAAAACUCAAGAGGCUUUACUUUCGACACAUACGACGGACAUAUUGCCACCAACUGAGGAAGUGGAACAAAAGCAAGCCGUGGCUACAGAUGAUCUAGAGCAAACUCAAUUGAGUGAGACAACUGCAGAUGAUUCGAAAAUGAUGACGGAUGAUAUAAUGUCAGAGGAUAAAUCACAACAACCACAGCCAAUUGUUGAUGGCACCACCAAUCCCAGUUUGACACAACAGACUCUUGCUCCGCAGCAACAACAACAACAAAUUCCUCCCAUUGGUGGCAUGCCCAUGCCACAUCCUGGCAUGACAACUGGUAGCGGUGGAUAUGAUCAAACCCAAUCACAGGCAGCAGCUCAACAGGGUCAUCCAUCGAUGCCGCCCAUGAUGCCACCAUAUUCUGGUGCACCUCCUGGCGCUGGCAUGUAUCCACCAUAUCCAAUGCUGCAUCAGCAAGAGAUUGCCGCAUUGCAGCAACAAAUACAGGAACUCUAUUGCAUGCCACCAGGGCAUGAGCAUCAGGAGAAGCUAAUGCGUCUGCAAGAGCGUCUCAAUUUAUUGCAACAGCAUGAGAUGGCCGAGCAAUGUGCUGGAGGACAUGCACAAUGCUCACUCUUCCAGGCUUCAGGUGGUUUGCCGCCGAUGUAUGGUGGCAACUCGGCCAUGCAUAAUCAGCAGAUGGUAGAGAGUCCUCAGGUGUCCAGCACAACUGGACGUGGCCGUGGAAAGGGAGCGAAUAAGCCACGUAAGCCUCGAACGAAAAAGGGUGAAAAGGCCCAGGCCCAGGAACUUAUGGACAUCAGUGGCAAUGUGGUCGUCGGUGCUAGUAGCGCCAGCCAGAGUAUUCCAACCACACAGCUACCCGUUUCGGAGGAUUGUGUGACCCAAGGGGCUGGCGAUACCAGUGUUGUUGGCAUGCUGGAGUAUAACGAAGGAAUGGGUGAUUUAUCGCAAGAUGUUCAUUCGGCCAAUGAGCUGGAUACCUCUACCGAUGGCAGUGGCAAGAAGAAGAAACCACGCAAACCUCGCACACCCAAAGAUCCCAAUAAGCCACCCAGAGAUCGAACACCAAAGGUGAAGAAGACUCCACGUGAUCCAAAUGAUCCUAAUUCCACUGAAUCACCCGGUGGUCCGGCACGGAAGAAGGGAGGUGGGGCCGUUAAUAAACGCCGCAAACAAUUUGGUGAAGAUGGCACCGAACAAACUGGCGAGGGCAGCGAAUUAGAGGACAACAAACCGCUUAUGACCACCACCAAAUCUGGAUCAUCUGGAGAGGCCGGAGGUGAAGGUGAAGCUGAAACCACAUCCGGCGCUGGCGCAGGUGUCGAAGGCGAGUCUCCUGACUAUGAUGAUAUACCAGUUUCCAAGAUACCACGAAGCUCCAAUGAAGAUGACAAAGAUGCCGAAGUGGGUGAUGAAACCGUGGACUCUGUUCCCGACUCAGCUGGCGAUGCUGGCGCCUCGACGCCCAGUCGCCGAGAUCGUAAACGUUCGAACACACGUAGUCGCCGGAAUGCCACAUCAGAGGAAGGUGGUAGCUCCCGUCGUAACCGAGGCUCACUGUCUGCCAAAGCUCUGAAGAAGAGACGCAAUCGUGGACGCAUUGUGCCCGAAUCUGAUGGCGAGGAUGAUACAUUGGAUCGCACGCCACCGCCUUCACCGCCUCCAGAUUCUGAACUGGACUCCAAUAAGCGGCGAUCGUCGCGAAACACUCAGCGUAAGAAGUAUAUUGAUGAUGUAAUGCUAAGAUUCUCAGACGAUGAGAACUCAUUGCUGGUCGCAUCACCAGUGAAAAAGGAUAAAAAGUCUUCAGGAGCAUCCGCGAAUGCCGCCAAUUCCUCCAAUGCCAAUGAUGGCAGUGAUUUAGAGAAAACCGAACCACAAUCUGGAGCCGAAGGGGAAUUGGGUGCUGGCGGUGGUACCUCAGGUGGUGAGGAUAAAUCGUCGGUGAAUCUGGACGAGAGUAGUCAAAUUGAGGCUAGUUCGAGCAGCACAGCAGCCGCCACUGAGAAAGAACGUCAAAGCAAUAGCGAGGCGGCCAGUCAAGCAGCAGCUGCUGCUGCCAUGUCAUCGAAACCCAAUUACGUGUACAUCAAUACGGGCGAUGAGGAUAGUAUGGUCGUCCAACUUGUUUUAGCCGUGCGCAUGGGCAAGCGUGAACUAAUACCUGAGGUGCCCAAGGUAAAGACACCAGAACCGCCCAAGGUAGAGGAAGAACCCAAAACCGAGGAGGAAAAAUCCGAAGAGGAGAAACCUAAAGAAGCGGAAACGGAAAAGGCUGAAGGUGCUGCUGAUGCAGAAUCCAGCGAAGCCGCCAAGACAGAGGCAACAGAAGAGUCUAAAACAGAUGAAAAGCCAUCUGAAUCAGAGGAGAAAAUGGAAGUUGACAACAAAGAUCAAGAAGAAGAAGGAGCUACUAAAGAAACUGAGAAUGAUAAAGACUCGGAAGAGAAAGCAACGACCGAAAAGAGUGAUGAAAAAAUGGAUGUUGAGGAAAAUAACCAAAAAGAGGAAGAGAAUAAAGAAGCUGAGCACGUUAAAACUGAAGAGAAAGUUGAAAAAGAUGCUGAAACGCCAGAUGAAACUAAAACCAACGAGGAGGAGGAGGAGCAGCAGAAGGACGAGCAAAAGAUGGACAUUCCCGAAAAAGAAUCGGAAGCAAAAGAAACCGAGAAAAUGGAAGUUGAUGAUGAAGAGCAGGCAGCAAAAUCUCCUAAACCAGAAUGCAAGGACGAAACAGAAGAAAAACCCAGCGAAGAAGGUGAAGAAGCAAAAGAAACAACAAAAACAGAGUCGUCCUCUGGCAAUGAAGAGAAGUCAACCGAAAAUGAGAAUGACGAAAGUGGCAAGGAUAAGACAGACAAAGAUGAAGAUGACGCCGAUUCAAAGGACAGCGAUAGCGAAAAAGAGAAUAAACCAGAACCCGUCUUUAUCGAUGUCGAAGAGUACUUUGUUAAAUAUCGCAAUUUCAGUUAUUUGCAUUGCGAAUGGCGUACUGAGGAGGAGCUACUAAAAGGCGAUCGUCGGGUGGCUGCCAAGGUCAGACGUUUCCAGCAAAAGCAAUCGCAACAGCUAAACAUUUUCGAGAAUAUCGAAGAGGAACCCUUCAAUCCUGACUUUGUUGAGGUUGAUCGUGUGCUCGAUAUGUCUGUGCAUACGGAUGAGACAAGUGGCGAGACCACUAAGCACUAUCUAGUGAAAUGGAAAUCACUACCCUACGAGGAUUGCACUUGGGAGCUCGAAGAAGAUGUCGAUAAUGACAAAAUUGAGCAAUAUUUGCGAUUCAACAAAAUACCCAUGAGAUGCGAAUGGAAAAGUCGCAAGCGUCCUCAUCCCGAGCAAUGGAAGAAGCUGGAGAAGACACCAGUUUACAAGGGUGGCAACAGUUUGCGUCCAUAUCAGUUGGAAGGUCUCAAUUGGUUGAAAUUCUCUUGGUAUAACUCUCACAAUUGUAUACUUGCCGAUGAGAUGGGUCUGGGCAAGACUAUACAGAGUUUAACCUUUGUCCAUUCCGUCUAUGAGUACGGCAUACGUGGACCUUUCCUGGUCAUAGCACCACUUUCAACCAUACCCAAUUGGCAGCGAGAAUUCGAGGGUUGGACCGACAUGAAUGUGGUUGUUUAUCAUGGUUCUGUUACCAGCAAACAAAUGAUUCAAGAUUAUGAAUUCUACUACAAGACAGAUAGCGGCAAAGUCCUAAAGGAACCCAUCAAGUUUAAUGUCCUAAUUACAACUUUUGAAAUGAUUGUCACCGAUUACAUGGAUUUGAAAACCUUCAAUUGGCGUCUCUGUGUCAUUGAUGAGGCACAUCGUCUAAAGAAUCGUAAUUGCAAAUUGCUCGAAGGUUUGCGCCAACUCAAUCUGGAACAUCGUGUCCUACUCUCUGGUACACCAUUGCAGAACAAUAUCAGUGAAUUGUUCUCUCUGCUCAAUUUCCUAGAACCCUCACAGUUCGGGUCGCAAGAAGAGUUCAUGUCUGAAUUCGGUAGUCUACGAACCGAGGAGGAAGUCAAUAAAUUACAAGCUCUCCUUAAACCCAUGAUGUUGCGACGUCUCAAAGACGAUGUUGAGAAAUCAUUGGCACCCAAAGAGGAAACCAUUAUCGAAGUAGAGCUGACGAAUAUCCAAAAGAAAUAUUAUCGUGGCAUAUUGGAGCAGAAUUUCAGUUUCCUCAAAAAGGGUACAACAUCGGCGAAUAUACCAAAUCUAAUGAAUACCAUGAUGGAAUUGCGUAAAUGUUGCAUACAUCCGUAUCUAUUGAAUGGUGCCGAAGAGCAAAUUCAAUAUGAUUUCAAGUCACAACAUGGCGAAGAUCCCGAAUCGUAUUAUAAGAAUUUAAUAUUAUCAGCUGGUAAAAUGGUUUUGAUUGACAAACUUCUGCCCAAAUUGAAGGCAAAUGGUCAUCGUGUAUUGAUCUUCAGUCAGAUGGUGCGUUGUCUAGAUAUAUUGGAAGAUUAUUUGGUGUAUCGUAAAUAUCCUUUUGAGCGUAUCGAUGGACGUAUUCGUGGCAAUUUGCGUCAAGAGGCCAUUGAUCGUUACUCCAAACCUGGUUCUGAUCGCUUCGUAUUCUUACUUUGCACAAAAGCUGGCGGUUUGGGUAUUAAUUUAACUGCAGCCGAUACGGUAAUCAUUUAUGAUUCCGAUUGGAAUCCCCAGAAUGAUUUACAGGCUCAGGCCCGUUGUCAUCGUAUUGGUCAACGUAAAAUGGUGAAAAUCUAUAGAUUGCUAUGUCGUAAUACCUAUGAACGUGAAAUGUUUGAUAAGGCCUCAAUGAAAUUGGGCUUGGAUAAGGCUGUUUUGCAAUCAAUGAACACUCAAGGCUCCAAAGAUGGCAACAAUAAGCAAUUGACUAAAAAAGAAAUUGAAGAUCUACUCAAAAAGGGAGCCUACGGUGCUGUUAUGGAUGAUGAUAAUGCUGGCGAUAAAUUCUGUGAAGAGGAUAUUGAUUCUAUAUUAAAGCGGCGUACUCAAGUUAUUACCAUGGAAUCGGAGAAGGGAUCAACCUUCUCGAAAGCAUCAUUUGCCGCAUCGGGCAAUCGUUCGGAUAUUACCAUAGAUGAUCCCGAUUUCUGGACAAAAUGGGCCAAACGUGUCGACAUUGAUCCGGAUGCAUGUGAACGCGAUGAGACGGAAGAUUUGGUGCUUUCCGAACCGCGUAGACGUACGCAAAUUAAACGCUAUGGACACGAAGAUGUUAUGGAAAUCAAUUCGGAAGAUUCAUCAAAUGAGAAUAGUGAUGAGGAAGGUGGUAUAGGCCUACGCUCACGCCGCCGCAAAGAGAAACGAGAUCGUGCCCGCGAGAAGAAGGCCAAUAAUGAUGAGUAUAUACCCCGCGAACGCGAUGCCUUGGCAGCAUUGGGCCUGGAAGAGAUUCAAUAUGGCAAUUGGGCUAAAUCGGAAUGCUUUAAGGUCGAAAAGGGUCUACUAUCAUUUGGCUGGGGACGUUGGACCGAACUUUUGGAAUUGGGACAAUUUAAACGCGGCUGGCGCGAUAUUGAUAUUGAGGAUUGUGCUCGCAUCAUUCUACUUUACUGUCUGCAAGUCUACAAGGGGGAUGAGAAAAUCAAGACAUUCAUUUGGGAUCUAAUAACACCCACUGAGGAUGGUGAAGUGCAGAAAAUAAGCAGGGAUCAUAGUGGCCUACAUAAUUUGGUGCCACGAGGACGCAAUGGUGGUAAAUCGAAUACAAAGGAUUGCCCAGGAAGCACAACACCUGCUCCUGGCACUGCCUCUGGUAGUAAUAGUGGCAAUACAACACCAGCUCAUAAAUCGAGUGCUUUAGAAAUGGCUGGAGAUGGAAAGGAUGGUGUUGGGGUCAGUGCCAGUGCUGUGGCUGCUGCAGUCAAUAUACCACCGCCACCGCCGACAAGUAUUCAUGAUCCUAAUCAUUGGAGCAAGAAGGAGAAAUAUGAUGCUGAUGCCUACCUGGAGGGGGCCUAUAAGAAACAUUUGGGCCGACACGCGAAUAAGGUUUUGUUACGUGUCCGCAUGUUGUACUAUAUCCAACACGAAGUGAUUGGCGACAUAGUGCAGCAAAUCAAGGAUAAUACGCCGAUCAGCGAGCUCCCCAUUCGCCCGCCGCCAACGCCAGAUCAAGUGCCAUCAUCAUGGUGGAAUCCCAUUUGUUGUGAUAAAAGUCUAUUGGUUGGAACCUACAAGCAUGGCUGUGAAAUGUAUCGUCAAAUGCGCGCCGAUCCGAACUUGUGUUUUGUUACUCAUGUGGGCGCCGGUGCCGGUGACGAUUUGGCCGUCACGAAUUUGCCCAUAAAUGAAGAUGAUGCAAAUUCCAAGCACGAUGACGGCGAUGAGGUGGACGAUGAUGGCACUACCACAACCAAGGAUUCAGAUUCUACAAAAUUAACUGCUGGCGAUAAUAAGGACUCGCUUGAUCCGGAGCGUCCCAGUUCGUCGGGUAAGAAGAAGACCGAAAUCGUCGAAAGCGGAACUGGCGGCACAAAAGCUAAUAAUAAUAAUAAUAAAAAAGCCAAUGAGGACCUGAGCUCGUCGACUGUGGGCAAUGGCAGCGCCGUCGAGGCUGGUGCAUCAGUUGGCAAUGAAGCUCUCGCCGAAUCGGCAGAUAAAGAAAACGAAGAAAAAUCUAAAGACGACGUGGCAGUGGCAAGUUCUCCAAAAUCAAAUGAAGCUGCCGCCUCCACGGCAACUGAUGCUGAUUCCAGUUCAGUUGUCAGUGGAGCUGGUGCUACUGAUGGUGAGGGAUUAACCACUGCAACGCCUGAAUCAUCAUCAUCAACAUUGGAUAAAGAAAAUACGGAAAAAAGCGAUGAGAAAGCAAUCAUCAGUAACGGCGAUGAAGAAUCGGCUAAGCCGACAACUGCUGUAGCCACCGAUGAUGCCGCUGCCAAUGCUCAGGUCGAUGCCUCUGGCUCCACCAUCGAUUCAUGCACUAACGCUACCACAAACAUCACCACCACCACUACUACUACUACUACCUCCAUUACCAAUCCAUCCAAUACCACAACCACUACCACCACCACCACCACAACCACCACCAAUUCAACAACAUCAGCUGCCCCUGGUGGGGGCGGCGAAGCUGCUGCUCAAAACACCGAAAAUGCUAACUCCACCUCAACAACUUUAGGCUUGGACGAGGAAGAAAGCGUUGCUGGCAGUUAUCCUCCCACAGUGGCAGCCGCUGAAGAUGCCACCAUGUGGCCAUCAAUGCAGGAUCUAAAUACACGUCUACGUCGCGUUAUAACCGCGUAUCAGCGUAAUUACAAGAAAGAAGAGCUUAAACAGCAGCAAAAGGCCAAGCUACAGGCAUUGGUAUCAUCGACUCCACCAUUAUCAGUGCCCACCACACCGACUCUGCAAUCGAUGCAAAUGCAAUUGCAAAGCGGCACUGGCGCUGCUGGCAAUGUUGGCAACGUUACCAACAUUGGCGUUGUCGGUGUCGGAGUCGGCGGCAGCGGCACUGGUGUCGGCGGCGGCACGAGCAGUCAACUACAGCAACAACUUGACUCGAGUAAUCGCAGCCUACAGGCUCUAAUGCAAUCGCAGGGUGCUAGCACAUCAGCUCAAGCCGCUGCGGCAGCCGCCUCUGGCUCAGGAACGGGGAUGCAACAGCAUGGCGGCGUCGGCGGAUUGAGUCAGCAUGGUGGGCAACAGCAGCAACAGGCGGUUGGCGGAACAACCGGAGUACCAGCCAUGCCAACUGCUGCCGAUAUUAGCCUAAUGCUAAGCAUCCUCAACACAACCGAUGUCAGUCAAUUGGCCAAUUUGGAUAUCAACAAACUGGCCAUGUAUUUGGUCAGUAUGAACAAUAAAAUGGAACGACAGGGCAAAAUGGAACUUGCGGCCAAAGAACGUGAAGCUCAGCGUUUACAACUGAUACCCAAGAAAUGGAAUCGUCGCGAGGAAUAUGAAUUCUUGCGUGUCCUAACCGGUUAUGGUGUGGAUUUACAUAUGGUUGCCACAACGACGACACCCUUGGGUGGACAAGGUCAGAAUGCUGGUCUCAAUAACACUGGCGCCAAUGGCACUAGCCUAUCACCCGAUUGGACCAAAUUCAAACAGAUGGCACAUUUGGAACGUAAAAGCGAUGAAACGCUUACGGAUUACUAUAAAGUCUUUGUAACAAUGUGCAAACGUCAGGCGGGUCUAAAAUUGAAUGACUCUGAACGUGGCCUUGAGGGUAUUAUCGAGGAAAUUGAGAAAGAGCAUGCUAAAUUGAUAUUAGAUCGUUUGGAAAUGUUGUCCAAGCUCCGUGAUGUUCAACGCCAUCCACAAUUGGAGGAUCGUUUGAAACUUUGUACUAUGAAUGCCGAUACACCCGAUUGGUGGGAGCCAGGACGACAUGAUAAGGAGCUUAUUGCUGCUGUACUUAAACACGGUCUAUAUCGAUCGGAAACGUUCAUUUUCAAUGAUCCCAACUUUAGUUUCUGCGAGUCGGAGAAACGUUUCAUCCGGGAAUUAGAGGCUCAGAUACAGCGGACAAUUAAACUGGAGGCUUUUAAUGCCGAGAAGGCUGAGAAAUUGGCCGCAGCUGAGAAGGCAGCUGCCGCUGCAGCUGCAGCUGCUGCUGCAGUGAAGCAUGAAGUGAUAGAUCUAGACGAUGAGCUCCUAACCACUGAGAGUGUGAUUAAAAAGGAGUCACCUGUCGUCACGCCCAUGAAAGAUGAAGUUAAAGCUGAAAGCAGCAGUCCUGAGAAAAAGACAAGUGAAAGCAGCGCAGCAGCCGACGAAUCCAAUGAAGAGGCCACUAAAGAUGAGGACGAAGCCACAAAGGCGACAAAAUCUUCAACGGAAGAGUUGGAUGAUGCUGAAACAAAAUCAAAGAGCGGCGAUGAUGAGAAGACCGACAAAAGCGAAAAUGCUGAGAAGGAUGUGGAGAAAGAUCUGUCUGAAAAUGCUGAAAAGGAGACGACUUCUUCAGAUGAGCAGCAACCCAAAGCCAAGGUUGUUGAUGCUGAAGAGGCUGAUGAUGAUCAGGAGCAGAAGAUGGAUGUAGAUAAAAGCAUAGCUGAAAAUGGUGAUGACAAAAAGUCCACAGAUAUUGUUUCGACACCCGAUCCCGAUGCGCCUUCUGAUGACUUGGAGGAAAAGAAGAAAUCCGAGGAUGAAGAUAAAGAAAAACCAUCGGAGGAAGAAGAAACAAACAAAAUGGAUGUGGACGAUGAAACAGUUACAGCUAAGGAGUCGGAUAAGAAAGAAGGCAGUCCUGAGAAGGAUGAAAAGGCAACCACAGAUAAGGCUGAUGUAGAAGAAUCUCCGGAGGAAACUAAAAAGUCCGCCGUAACAGCAGAUGACACAGAGGAGGAAAAAGAGAAGAAACUCGACGAAAGUGAGGAAAAGAAAACUCCAACCGAAGAGAUGGUCGACCUAACUGAGAAACCAUCAGAAACAACAGCAACAACAACUGUUGAGCCAACUACAGAAUCCGCUGCCAAGAAAGCGGGAGACAAAUCCAGUGACCAGGAAAUACUUGAUCUUGUUGCUGCACCUCCCACCGAUCCCGACGAUGAUGAGGUAAUGAAAGAGAAAGAAAAAGCGGUUGAAGAGGAAUGCAAAAAGCAAGCAGCCGAACUCAAGGCUCGCUUCCCUGACCUUGAAGUGAUUCAACCAGCCACCGUCAAGCAACAGAAAUUGGAGAAACCCAAACUGGAGAUGUGCAUGAUCCGUUGGUUCAAGGAUUUCGCCCUCGAACGUCGCAUGGCCCACAUUGUUAGCUGUGUGGAGCACAACAAAUGGCCCGUGGAUUCAAAAUAUAGCGCCUUUGCCAGCUGCAAAGGAGCAACCGACCUGAACAUUGCCUUGCACGAGUCAAUACCCCAUUUGAAUAGUAUUGAGCGGCGAUCCACCACGCCGGAUGUGAUCACCAUUACCACAGAUCAGGGUGUAACCAAACAUUUGCAGGCCUCGCAGAUGCAGCAAGUGGCAAGCACAGCCAAUGUAUCGGCCACCUCAUCAACGGUGAAUUCCGUUGUCACUCCCACGGGUCUGAUGGGUUUGCCCACACCAAGCACCAAGAUGGCACCCAAUGUGGUGGGAGCACCAACAUUACCAGGACUCGAUGCCAAUAGCAUCAAUGCGGCAGUUGCUGCUGCUGUGGCAGCUGCUGCAGCUGGUGGCAAUGCCACAUCGCUAUCAUCCCUCCUGCCGGGCAUGUCCCUAAGUGCAGCCAGUGGAUCAGCAGGCAAUAGCGUGGUGGGUCUUAAUGUGCCCAAUGCCGCUGGUGGCUCCAAUGCCAGCAAGAAGCGUAAGCGUCACAUUGCCAUCGAUGUGGAAACCGAACGAGCCAAAUUGCAUGCCCUGCUCAAUAAUUCAACAAUGGCCCCCAAAGAUUGGGAAAGUGAAAUAGCCAAUAUGGAAGCAUUGACUGGUGGUUCAUCAGGACGUCGUGGUGGUGGCUCCAACACCUCGUCAGCUCUUAGUGGCAUGCAGCCACCGCCAGCGCAUCAACAUCCCUCACUCUCCAGACAAUCGUCUGGACAAUUUAGUAAACCAGCUGUGCCAGCUCUUAAAACACCGCCACCAUCAAUGGGUGCACCUAUGGAUCUGUCCUCAAGCUUACCUAAGAUGAAUAUGACGGAAAUGUUGAAAUCAGCCUCCUCAGCGGGAGCCAUUGAUCUAAGUGAAGUUCAGGACUUUUCUAUGCCAUCCAAGAAAUCGAGUGUUCAUGCUGCAUUAAGCUCUGCCUUUCCCUCCAUGGGCAGUAAAAGCAAAUUGGAUGAUACCCUCAAUAAGCUAAUGAAGAAAAACAAUUGCACAAUUGAGGAGCCUGUCAUUGGCAAGGAGAAGAAACGUAAGAAGCUGGAUGAAAUUGUAUUGGGUCUAUCGGCGGCUAAAGAGCAAAAGACCUUCCCGGAUCCAUCAUUGCCAUCGUCAAAGAAACCACAAAUACCGCCAAGUGUGUCCGUGACACCAGCUAAUCUUCAAUCAUCGUCCAGUCAAAUGCAAUCGAAUCAGAAACCAUUUACAAUCACUGUUACGACAGUGCCCGGAAAGUCGAAGAGCUCCUCGUCCAACAGCGGAGGCGGCGGCGGCGUGGGCUCAAUGGGAGCCAGUUCAUCGGGAGGCAGCGGAGCCGGCGGCUUAAGCGCUCUACAAAACAUGACUAUGGGCGGCAGCGGCGGAUUAUCGUCCAAGGACAGUCUCAAUGCCCUGCUCGCCCAGACCAUGUCGACGGAUCCGCAAACGUUCCUCAAGCAACAGCAAAAGAUGAUGCAAUUCCUGCCACCAGCACAACGCAAGGCAUACGAGAAUAUGUUAGCCGAAAUGGAGCAAGCCAUGAAGCUCGGCUCCAAGUAUUCCAAUUCACCACACGAUGUCAAGGUGAACAAAUGGCUCUCGGACAUGACGAGUCCAUUGAGUGAUCAAUUGAGCAUUGAUUAUGUAGCAGGCGGUGGAGGUGGCGGUUCCUCUGGUGGUCAGUCCAGUGUAACUAGUCGUCGAGGCAAUCGUCAACAGGGUAAUUCCAGUUCCCAACAAUCGGCUGCCCAGCUACAAAAACAACAACAGCAGCAGCACCAACAGCAGCAGCAACAACAACAGCAACAGCAGCAGCAGCAGCAACAACAGCAGCAGCAACAGUCUAUGAGUGGACCCCAGGGUCUAACUGGAGAGGAACCCGUUCCUGUCAUUAAUAAACAGACUGGCAAACGUUUGGGUGGCAAUAAGGCGCCCCAAUUGAAACGCCUGAUGCAAUGGCUAACUGAGAAUCCAAAUUACGAAGUGGAUCCCAAGUGGUUGGAACAAAUGCAGAAUCCCAUGUCGGCCCCGUCACCCAAACCAAGUCCCAUGGACAACAGCAGUUAUGGUGGCUCCAAAUCUCAUGGCGGACGACCAUCAUCCAACUCCAGUAACACCUCAUCCAACUCUCACAGCCAGCAACAGCAGCAGCAACAACAACAAUCAUCGAGUUCCCUGCAAUCAUCUGUUGGCAAUUCGAGUAGCUCGAAGAAAUCUUCACGACAACAACAAUCCGCUGCGGCCUUGGAUCAAGCAGCAUUGCAAUUUGGAUCCCUAGCAGGACUGAAUCCCAGUCUCUUGGCCAAUUUACCUGGCUUGGGUGCUUUCGAUCCAAAGAAUCCACUUGCGGCCUUCGAUCCGAAGAAUCCAUUGCUCUCAAUGCCAUUUGGUGGCAUGCCUGGUAUGGGUAAUAUACCGGGAUUGGGAAAUUUGAACAAUAUGAAUCUGUUUGCCAGUUUGGCGGGCAUGGGAGGAUUGGGUAAUCUGGCUGGUAUGGAUGCCCAGUCGCUGGCUGCGCUCAUGGCUGCUGCCGGGCCAACAUUGGGUGGCCUAACGGGCAACUCUGGUGCUGGAUCCGGCAAGAGCCAGUCGCAGGGCGGCGGCGGUGCAUCUUCAUCCACUUCGUCGUCUUCAUCGAGCAAAAAGAAGCAACAACAGCAGCAACAACAGCAGCAGCAACAACAACAACAAAACGAAGCUGCCCAAUUGGCCGCAGUGGCAGCUGCUGCUGCGGCAAGUGCUGGCGCCGGCAGCAGUUCAUCAAAUGCCGGAGGAGGCGGUGGAGGUAAAAAUUCUGCAGCAUCCGCCUCACAGUUAGCAGCCGGUUUUCCGUUCCUCUUCCCGAAUCCCUCACUGCUCUAUCCGCCCAUGGGAUUGGGCUCUCUGAAUCCCUAUUCUCUGGGUUCCAGUGGCCUGGGCUCGGCCUAUGAUCAAUUGGCACAACAAUAUAAUCUACUAAAUGGAGCCGCAACAUCCUCUGCGUCCAGUACCACCUCGACACAAUCCAAAUCGCAUCAAUCGCAAUCGAAAUCGAGUAAUUCGCGAUCCUCCAAUGCCAAUUCGGCAGCCAAUCUAAUGAAUGCCAUGGCCAGCAUGACAGGAGUCCACAGUGUGGCUAGCACGGCCACAACGCCGUCUUCUUCAUCGUCAUCGGGACGUGGUCGCCAGUCGAGCAGUCGUAAUUCUGCUUCCUCCGUAACACCCAGUGCUGCGGACAUGGCCCAGUUGAGUAGUCUGCUAAUGCCCGGAGCUGAUCCGCAUCUGCUCGAAUCGCUCAGUCGUAUGAGCAGCAUGGAUCUGGCCCAAGCUACACGGCUGAUGAGUUCCCUAGGCAUGCCACCCUUGCCCACGCCAUCGUCCAGUUCUGUCUCGAACACAAGCAGCAGCAGCAGUAGCAAACGAGCGGCAGCGGCGGCGGCGGCCAACGAGGCAUCCCAGGCAGCUGCCCAAGCAGAGAAACUGGCCGCCAAGGAGCAGCAGAAAUGGUUUGAAAGCUUGGCACGUGGUGCCCUACCCACAGAUUUGGCGGCUUUGCAGGCCUUCUCGCAGGGCAAAAUGCCAUCGACGUCGGGUGGUGGAUCCAAUGCAGGAACUUCCUCAUCCUCAUCCAGUAAGAGCUCGAAGUCGGCAUCUUCUGCGGCAGCUGCUGCUGCAGCGGCAGCCGCGGCGGCAGCGGCUCAAUUGCCACAAAUUCCCGGCAUGUCCAGUGACUUCUCGCAGGCGUUGCUAGCAGAGAUGGCUGCCCAGGCUAUGGCCGCGGCAGGUGGCUCAUUACCACUCAGCGGUCCAGGGUCAAUAGCCAGUCUGGCCGGCCUAACAGGCGGAGCAUCCUCAUCGUCCACCUCGACAACCAAUAGCAGCAGCAAUAGCUCCGCUUCCAAGAGACAACGAGAGCAGGAUGCGUUCAAGCAACAAAUGGAUUACUAUACCAAGACAUUGGGUCUGGGAUCGGGUAUAUCUCUGAUACCCACAUCCUCAGCCAGCAGCAGUUCCAGUGCAGCGGCUGCAGCCUAUGCAGCCGCCUUGGAUGCAGAGCAACAACAUCACCAACAACAGCAACAGAAAUCGAAGAGAUCUCGCAGUGAAAUGCAUCCCACCAAGGAUGAGUUAGCUGCUGCCGCCUUGGCUGCCGGUCUGCCUCUCAAUCUGGGCUCGAGCAUGAGUAGCAUUGAGAAAAGUCUGCGUGGGGCAGGUAGCUCUUCAAGCAGCAGUUCGACACCUGCUCCCAUGUUAGCAGCCGAACAGGAUAAGGUUACCCUGACGCCGCUAAAUGCAGGAUCUUCCUCCUCAUCUGGCGGUGGUGGCGGCAAUUCUUCCUCCUCGGCAGCUGCUGGCAUAGCCGCCAAUCUGCCAUCGCAGACCACCAUCACAAUUGCUCCGCCCAUUAGCAGUGGAGCCAGCACAAGCAGCGAACGUUCCGAGCGCAGUGAAUCUCGAAUUUCACUGACCAUCACAAAUGCUGCCGAUGCCGCCAAAUUGCCGCCACCAUACGAAGAGGCCGAUGAGCUAAUUAUCCAGCCAAUACUCAAGAAACCAACACCGGCUCCUGGUAGCAGUCAUGGUGGCAGUGUUGAGGAUUUGGAUGCGACUGGCGGUAAUACAUCGGCUGCUAAUCUCAGCGGUUCAUCCACAUCAUCGUCGGCCGCGGCAGCAGCUGCAGCAGCGGCGGCGGCGGCAGCUGAAGAGAAUCGCCGUUCCAGCAACCGUCUGAAGCGUCCAAGGUCUGGCAAUGAUCAGGUGUCGGGUGCGGGCAUUGAACAGCCGCCUGAAAAGCGACGUGAACUCCGUUCCACACGUCAUACGCGGCAAUCGGCAGAUGCGGCCACGCUAAAUCUAUCGGCGGGAAGUGAAUCGGAAGACCGGAAUGAAUGAGUAUUGCGUAGCUCCAGGCAAGAUGAUCAGAAUAGGGAGCCGCCUUCACAUGCUGUAACCAAGACCAGACAAAAUAUUAAUAAUAAUAGCAACAGCAACAACAACAAUAACAAUAAUAACAACGACAACAAGAAGAAGGGAAAGAAGGCGACGACGACAACAACAACAACAACAACAACAACAACGGGAACGACAAGGGCAAAGGCAGCAGCACAUGUUAAAGCAAAAGCUGUUGCUUCCGAUGAUCGACUGCGUCGCUCGCGCCGCAAAUUGAAUUCUAAGCUAACUGUAACGACUAGAUCCCUUAAGCUUAAAGUUGGGUAAAAUAUAAGAAAAACACCGAA